UCAUUAACCUUACGCACAUUAAAGAUAUGAAAAGUCCUCGAAAUACUAUUGUUGAAAUACAAAACGUUUGUAAAACACUUAAAUGUGAUGCAUACUUCAAAAUCAACUCUUUAUGGAAAAACUAUAAAAACAAAUGAACGUAGGCUAAAAUCAAACAGUAGUAGUUUGCAAUCGUAACAAUGGAAAGACUUAACAUUUGGCUGAUAUUUAGUUUAUCGUUAUUAGCUUCGUUGGCAGCAGCAGCACCCAGUUUGGGAGGACGCAUAGUUGGUGGCUAUGAAGCUGAUAUAAAGGAUAUACAAUUCCAAGUAUCAUUACAGACGUCGUAUCAUUUUUGUGGCGGCACCUUAAUAGCCAAACGUUAUGUUUUAACUGCCGCCCACUGUACUGAUGGCAGAUCUGCUACAAAUCCUGGUUUCAAUGUUCGUUUGGGCUCCAAAUAUUCCGCUAAGGAAGGUUUAGUGGUCAAGCCGAUUCAAAUCUAUCAACAUGAAAAAUAUAAUGCCAACACUAUUGAUUUUGAUUUUUCCAUUCUAAAACUGGAGGACUAUGAUGAGACUUCUUUGCCAUUUGAAAUUCAAUAUGCGAAAUUGCCCUCAAAGGACGGUCUUAAUGACGGUACAGUUUUAACUGUUUCAGGUUGGGGCAAUACACAAAAUCCCUCAGAAUCUCGUGAUGUUUUAAGAGCUGUCAAAGUUCCUAAAGUUAAAGAGGACGUAUGUGUGGAAGCUUAUAAGGGCUUUGGUAAAAUUACCGAUCAAAUGAUUUGUGCUGGCCGACCAGAAGGUGGUAAAGAUGCCUGCCAAGGUGAUUCCGGUGGACCGUUAUUUAAGAAAAAUGUUAUCUGGGGUGUGGUGUCGUGGGGAUAUGGCUGUGCUAAACCUAAUUAUCCAGGUGUAUAUUCUCGAGUAUCUUCGGUAUUGGAAUGGAUUAAAACAACCAUAGAGGAAUAGAUUGGAAAUGAACUACAUAAAUAAAACGGCUUGAUAUUCAAUAAUAAAUCAUUUAUA